GAAUAUCUUUAACUUUAACUAACAAAAUCUGUCAUUACUGAUUCUAUAAACAGCGCAACAGAUGAAGAGAGUAUAUGCGCACGCUUUUAGAUAGAUGUUUAUUAUAUUCUUAGUAUAUAAUUCAUAAAACGAAUUGAUGAAGAGUCAAGACGAAGACAUACAAAUACAUAAAAUGUGUCAGCUUGGAGUUGAAUGAGAUAGCAGCCCAGUAUUUCUCUAAGCAAAAAAUGGUUAAGAAUGGUAUAGAGAAAGCAGCAGCAAAAUGAGUGAGAAUGAUACAAAGAAAACUGAUUAACCUGUACAUUGCUGGAACAGCCCUUGCCUUCUUGUGGAUAUUCAUCAACUUUGGAUUGUGGUGUGAUGAUAGCAGAGAUAGCCUAGAACUUGAACAGAAGAAAGUCCAAAUCCUACAGCAGAAAACUGAGUCCCAGAAAUCGCAGAUAGAAGUCCUGAAAAGGCACAAGGAUGAACUUUCAGCUGAGCUUAAAAAGUUGGAAAGAAGACUUGAUACUCUACAGGGUGAGGACAACAGUGGCGUUCCUCGUAUAUACAUUAUAACACCAACCCAUAAUCGUCUUGAACAGAAAGCUGACUUGACGCGGCUAUCUUACACAUUACGUCUUGUGCCAAACAUUCACUGGAUAGUUGUAGAAGAUGCUGAUCACAAAUCAGAUCUUGUGAAAAAUGUGCUUGCUAACAGUAAACUGUCCUGUUCACAUUUAUUUGCAAGUACACCACCAAAUGUUAAACUUAAAGAGACUGACCCAAAUUGGUUGAAGCCAAGGGGUGUAUUGCAAAGAAACGAAGCCCUUCGAUGGAUCAGACUUAAUGCGAAGAACUCAGGAGUUGUUUACUUAGCUGACGAUGACAAUACAUAUGAUAUCAGACUGUUUGAAGAGAUGCGGUACACCCAGAAAGUCUCUGUGUGGCCGGUUGGGCUGGUUGGGUACUUGAGGUAUGAGUCCCCAAAGGUUCGAAAUAAAAAGGUUGUGGGCUGGCAUACUUAUUGGAAGCCUCAGCGUAAGUUUGCCAUGGAUAUGGCCGGUUUUGCUGUCAAUCUCGAGCUGAUCAGGAGCCAUCCAAAGGCAGCAUUCCGAAUGUCUGCGGGGCGGGGAAACCAGGAGUCAGACUUGCUUACACAACUUGGGCUUGAGAUGUCAGACUUGGAGCCCCGGGCUGAUGACUGCACAAAGGUUCUAGUCUGGCACACAAGAACGGAAAAAUCGUCGCUGAAGAACGAGGAAAAAAUGCUUAAACUUUAUAACUACAACUCUGAUCCCAAUAUUGAGGUCUGAGUGAUAGACCAUGACGAAAUUGUGUCUGAUGUGUGCAAUAUCCAAUGAUCUUACCGCAAAGACUGAUAACUUUUAAGUUUAAAGAGAAAAAUAGGUUGUGUGGAAAAACUGCCAAAAUUUAAUACUGUAUGUAAUAUUUCCCAUUUACAAUUUCUGCUUCCAUUCUUUAUGUUAUUUUUUGUAUGACUAUGACUUUGUUUGCAUGUUAUUGUAUGAUUUGUAAAAACAUGUAUAUGAUCAGGUGAA